AUGAGAAAAUGUUAAAAAGUUUCAAACUUUCACCGGGACAUGCAUAUUGUGAGGUGAGAGCGAUUUUGUGGCUGGAGACUAAAAAGCUCCGAACUUAAUCACUGAGAUUUGAAGGUUAAGGCGACUACUUUAAACCCUAAUCAAAUUCUCCCAAACCCUAAGCCUCGUUUGCUCCGAAUCGUCUUCUUUAUUACGACUCCACUGUUGCUAUUGCUAAGCAUCAUCAUCAUCCAAAGGAUCUGAUUCUGAAAAUUCUCUGUAAAGAUGGCGCCUGUUUGUCAAACUUGUGGCGACAUUGGUUUUGAAGAAGCAUUAGUCUUUUGUGACUCUUGUAAGAUUGAGGCUGUACACCGUUAUUGUGUAGGAAUAACGCCGACUCCUUUCACUGAAUACAUCACUUGGAUAUGUGAGGAUUGUGAUCGGAGUGAAAGUGAGUCUGAUAGCGUAGAAGUUGAUCAGACUGCUAAGCUUACACAAGUCGUGAAGAAGAGUGACAACAAGAAGAAGAAGAAGAAGAAGAAGAGGAAGAGAAAGAGCAGCAAUCACAUCCAGGAGGUUUUAACUGAGGACCAUGGGCUCCAAGAUGCUACCAAUGUUGAAAGUAUGGAGGUGUCUUCUCCACCAAUUAAAGAAACAGUGGAGUCUAACUCUGGUACCAGCAAAAGGAGUGACAGUAGCUCUAACCGGAAAGACGUUGAUGAGACUGAUAAGCUUCUAAAUAUAUCUAAGACGAAUGAGAAAGAGAAGAAGAAGAAGAAGAAAAAGAAGAAGAAGAAGGAGAAGAAGGACAACACAAUGAGCAGCAAUCCAAACCCACUGGUUUUAGCUGUUCAGGACCAUGGAGUCCAUGAUGCUACCAAUGUUGAACCUGAGGAGGUGUCUUCUUCACCAAUAAAAGAAUCAAUGGAAUCGAAAAGACAAGAAAGCUCAGGUAGCAGAAAACUUCAUGAAUUAACUGGGUUAGAUGGAAAUGGACCAUCUGUCUCGGAGGCUGAAAAUUCAUCUAGUGUGCGAGAUCAUAAUUCGUGUACGACCAAGAAAAGAAAGGUAAGUACUGAAAAUAGACAGCUAGCUGAUGGGAGUAGUUCUUGCAAAGAGGCUGAAUCAAAUAUGCCUCAAACUUCGGAGAUGUUGACAUCUGGGCAUUAUAGAGCGCAACCAAUCAAAAUACCUAUAUGGAGGGGAUUGAUGUCUGUUGAAGGAGGAAACAGCUGUAGCUUUGAUGGGAUUGUUGCUCAUGUAUCAAGCUUAGCCUGCCCUAAGGUCCAUGAUACAGCAAGCUCAUUACGGGGUCGCCUCUCUGCUAAAAUCCUUCCCAGGAUGGAAAUAUGGCCAAAAACCUUUCUGAAGAGUGGAGGACCUAAAGACGAAAGCAUUGCUCUUUAUUUCUUCCCUUCCAAUGAAAGUAACGAUGAUAAGAUUUUCUAUUCCUUUGUUGGUGAAAUGAGGAAGAAUGAUUUAGCGCUGAGAUGCGUGCUUGAUGAUGCAGAACUUCUACUUUUCACCUCUUACAUGUUACCAGUGGGCUCUUGGUCUUUUAACUCAAAGGACUACCUGUGGGGUGUCUUCAAGCCAAGACAGCCUUCUCGACGUUAGUCACUAGGCUCGUUACCUUUAACAGUCGAGUUUGAGAAAGGUUAACAAACAGAUGGAUAGCUUAAGUAGGACUUGCAAGAUUCUCUUAGAACUUUUUUGAGAGCAUAUGGUAGUUGUGUAACUUUUGUUUCUUGUUUAACUUGUGGCUGGUUUUGGUUGUUUAAUUGUUGAUAGUUAGCCAGACUCUGUAUAGAAUCUACCCGAGUUAGCAUCCUUAAAAGCAUAUCUUUGUCUCUUUUUUUGUGGAUUUGUCCGACCAAAUUAGUCAGAUGAGUGUUUGAGAUCGUCCUAAUUUGGACAAGAAUAUUGGUAGAGAGAGAGAGUUGAAUAUCACAUUUAGAUUUGAAUGUCUUUAUAAUGUUAGGUUUAUGAUA